AAUCUGCACCAUGUUUAUUCUAUGGCACAUCGCUGGGAUUAUCUUGGUUUGAGAAGCAUGGUUUGGGCAGUAACUUAGUACCUGAGGUCUAGUUCACAGUGCCUACUUUUCUCAACACAAGACCUCAGGGAUGAAAAUUAUGACUGAGGCACUAGGAAUAUGUGUCAUACAAAAAGUACAGGCAGUAUUACCAGUGAAGUAAAGAGUGUCCCAGAGAAUUUAGGUCUAAAAAGUGCCUAAGGGCUUUAGUUAUUGGCUUACGGUUAAGCACAUAUGUUUCUCUGUAAAAUAAUGGACUAAUAUUCUUGUGUAGCUUAUAAAAACAUACGAUAAGUGAUCAUAACAGGUAUAUGUUAAGUGUUUCUUCUUGGAACAGUUUACUUAGAUCUGGAAGUUAGUAUUGUGCUGGCAAUGUUUUGGUUAAUACUUCACGGUAUAUUGCAUUCAUGGAGAUUCAUAGUACACAUUAGCCUUAUUAAUUAUCCUGAGAAGUCUUAUAGGUUGAAACACACAAAACACCCUAACUUUGUUUUAAUACUAGAUCCCUAGAUUUUAUUAUAACAGGGAACCUAGCAUUCUGUGUUUGGGAAACACCGUAACAUUCUGCCCUUCUGUAACCCGUUGUCAUUGAGCCAACUCCGAUUCAUGGCAACUCUAUGCGUGUUAGAGUAGAACUGGGCUCCAUAGGGUUUUCAAUGGCUGAUUUUUUGGAAUACAUCGCCAGACCUUCUGAGGUGCCUCUGGGUGAACUCAAACUGCCAACCUUUCUAUUAGCAACCAAGCAUGUUAACUGUUUGCACCACCUGGGAACUCUCUGUACUUCUGUACUACCCACAAAUUCUCUACAAAUUCUAACCUUUUUAAAAAUGGCUAACAUCUAGGAUGUAUGAGGGGCUUGAUUUGACGAAAAGGGAAGCAGCAUAGUAUAGUGGUUAAAGCACAUAUGUUUGAAAUCAUAUUGUUUAGGUGUACGACCAUGUUCUAACCGUUACUAGCUAUGUGACCUUAAGAGAACUACUUAGCUACUCUGUGCCUCAGUUUCCUCCUCUGUAGCUGUCUCAUUGUACAGUUUAGUGGAUUAUUCAAGAAAAUAAAUGUAAAGCACUUAAAAUACUGGCUAAAAUACAGUAAGUGGUCAAUAAAUAUUAGCUGCUGUUAAAAAUAAUGGCUAGCAUUGUAAUUGGAGAAGCUGUUUUAUGAAACCUUUUUUUUUCCAUGUAGCAGUUGACUGUUCUUUGAAAAAUGUAUUGCUGUAUGUGUCUGCUUUUACAAAAUGAAUCACUUUAUAACCUUAGCAGAAUAUAAAAUUGGAAAAUAAACAAAGAUUCAAAAAAUAAGCAUUUUGGGGGGAUAUAUAGCCAUAGGGUUUUGGUUAUAUUAAAACAUACAGCAGAUAACAUUGACUGUACUUGUGUUCUUCCUAAAUUAAGACUUCAGGUAAGAGCAGCAACAUCUUUACUUGUAAAAUGCAUUUGCUUAUCACAUUUAUAGUGCCUGUAUGGAGACCUUAGAUGCAAUGGUUUAGCUAUAGGAUUACCAAUAAAAUGUCUAAGAGUAAUUUAUAUGAAGAAUGUAUUGAGGAUGUUCUAGAUAACUUUAUACCCUGCUUAUGAUCUCAAGCUUUACACUGAAUUAUUUAUUAUUGCAUUGAGUUAGCUAUUUUGCUUUUGACAGAUCAUUUUACACGACAAUAUUGCUGCUGCCUAGGGAAAAAAAUGUCUCUUCAGCAGUCCUAAGGACCUCCAGAAAGGGUAAUUUGAUUCUUAAGACAGGAUUUUGACUUGCGCUGGUGGUUACAAGAAAUUUCUGUAUGAUGCUGAGAUUUUUUUUUUCCUCAAACAAUCCUAGAUACUGAGUGCAAACUUGCUUUUCACCUUCUGUAUACUUAGUAGGUUUCUUCCAGAUAUUAUUUCUUUAGCAUUUAUUGAUUUUAUUAUUAACUGUAUAUUUUGGUCAGUUCAUUUGAUAAUUUAAAAGAAUGAUAUUUCUGAAAAUAACCUAAGACAUUAUUUUUUUUAAAAGGACUUUUAGUACCAGGUCAUGGGUAGUAUAGGGCAGGACUAAUUGGGAAGGGACAACCCAGAAUGGCUAAAGCAGAAUGCAGUCUUGAGAAGAUAGUCAUGGUUGGAAGAAGACUGGUAAUUAGUACAGAAAAUAUUCUUUGGCCUCUGGGGCAAUGUCAUGGUCAGAAUCUAGAAUAUUGGCCCAAGCCAUAGGUCAUAAAUAAAUAGGAUAAAGAGUAGGAAUUGAAAACUUAAUACUCAUUGUUACUUUUAGUUGCUGUGGAGUCAGUUCCGACUCAUGACAGCCCCAUGUGUGAGGAGUAGAACUGCUCUAUGAGGUUUUCAAGGCUCUGACCUUUCAGAAGCAGAUCACCAGUCCUUUCUUCCCAGGUGCCCCUGGGUGGAUUUGAACCACCAACCUUUCAGCUAGUAGUCACGUGCUUAACUGUUUGCACCACCCAGGGACUCCUCAGAUACCCAUAGAAGUUGGCAGAAAAUGUAAAUGAAUAGUGAACAGGAGUAUCCAUCUUUUGUGUAUAUGAGGCCUUCUAUGUUGUUUAAUGUUGCUGAUGAUAGCUGCUAUUCCUGUAAAUAUUAACAACGAUUUUUUUAAAGCCAUUUUGUCUUUUUUGAUUUCUUAGCUUGUAUCAUUUUUAUUGUAGUCUUUCAAAAAAUACAGAAGAAUUGAAGAAUACUGAAAUGAUCCCUUAUAUACCCACUAUCUGUAUUCAGCUGUUAACAUUUUGACAGAUUUUAUGGCUGAUUAAUUUACUAAACCAUUUGAAAGUGAGUUAUAUGAUGCCUUACUGCUGUAUACUUGGAGCAUGUACUUCCUAAAAAUAAAAAAUUCUCUUCCAUAAUUGUAAUGCCAUCUUAUACACACCCACACACAUAGACACACUUAUAUGUUAUGUAUGCUCUGGAAGGACAUUGAAGAGUACCCAGGAGAUGCUGAUAGAUAACAAAAACAAAAAAUACCUCUGUCUUCUGUUGAUUAUUUGCUACAACAAAUAAGGCUACAUUGAAUCUGGCUCAGAGUAGAAAUGAUCUUUACUGCUACAAUUUCUGGACACCAUCCGUCUAAGUUCCUUCAAAAAAAAAAAAAAAAGUUUGCUUUCACAACAAGGCUCACAGAGGUAAGGAGAAUAUCUCCUGAUUGAGAUGGAACUCAGACAACCUAAAACUCUAAGCAGGGUCUUUAUUAGGCAUGGGGAACAGAUCCUAAUAGGAGUAAGUCAGUCAUCUUUUGGUUCGAAUUUGCAGGUAAAAUGACAGGGCAUGUGCCUAGGCAAAAGCCUAGCAUUACUAUGAAAUUUUAGUAGGAGGUCUGGAUAUUUGGUCAUUUGUUAAUAUGCAUCAUGGCCCAUUUCAGUAAAAGGGUAUUUAGAGUAUAAAGAAAACCGAAAACCUAAAAUUGAGUAGUCCAACCAACCUUAAAAUUUCCAGACAUUUGGAAUGUCCUAUACUAGCAGAUUUGUGCAUAUGAACUCAUACAGAGAAUACAAAUGUGGAUUUUAUGUCAGUUAAUGAGAGCUCAGUAUUGGGAUUUUUUGCUUUCACCCUGGAAUAGUUAUAAAAGAUGUAUACAUAUAAUUACUUUUUCUACUCUUCUGUGAAAGACUUCCAGUAUUAUGGUUGCUUUCCCUUUUUUAAAAAAUUGUUUUUUUAUGGAGGUGAAAUAACAUAAAAUUAACGACUUCUAAGUGAACAAUGUUAUGCAGCCACCACCUCUGUCUAGUUCCAAUGAUUGCCUUCCUUUUCACUCUCCUUUUAAAAUAAGUUAUUUUCCUCUUUUGCACAUUUUUGUCCUUAGAUGUAUUGACUGAAGUUUAAUGAGGGGAAGAUAGGAGAAUUUUAUGCAAAGAAUGGAAUUAGCUCAUAGCUUAUUGCUGAAUGAAGAAGCAUGCAGUCAACUAGGUGAAGUUCAGAAGGUGGAGUUUAUUUUUGAGUGGUUGAGAUAUUUGGAGAAGCUCUUGCUAGCAACUAGCAGGUGUGAUGUAAGGGAGAAGCAGAAGACUCUUGUUGAACAGCUUCUAUCUUUGUUGAACAGCUCCCCGGGGCCUCCUACCCGAAAACUCCUUGCUAAGAAUCUAGCCAUUCUUUAUAGUAUUGGAGACACAUUCUCUGUUUACGAGACAAUCGAUAAAUGUAAUGAUCUUAUUCGUAGCAAAGAUGAUUCUCCAAGUUACCUUCCCACUAAGCUUGCUGCUGUGGUAUGUUUGGGUUCCUUGUACAAGAAAUUGGGUAGAAUAUUGGUUAACACCUUCGCUGAUACAGUGGGAAAUAUUCUUAAAGCUAUGAAGAGUGCAGAGUCUCAAGGUAGAUACGAGAUUAUGCUAAGUCUGCAAAAUAUAUUGAAUGGACUAGGAGCUGCUGCUACACCUUGCCACAGGGAUGUUUAUAAAGCUGCUAGAUCAUGCUUAACAGACAGAUCCAUGGCAGUUCGUUGCGCUGCUGCAAAGUGUCUUCUUGAACUUCAGAAUGAGGCUGUCUUUAUGUGGAGCACAGACCUGGACAGUGUGGCCACACUAUGUUUUAAGUCCUUUGAAGGUUCCAGUUAUGGUGUGCGCAUUUCCGUUUCAAAGCUGCUGGGGACAUUAUUGGCUAAAGCUAUAAAUUCUGUACAUCCAGGAGCAGCAGCCUCACGUCAAAGCAUUCGCAAAGUAUCUCUGGAGGAAGUUCUGGAAUUGCUAGGAACAGGGUUUCUACGUGGGAGUUCAGGAUUUCUUCGAGCCAGUGGAGAUAUGCUGAAAGGAACCAGUUCAGUCAGUAGGGAUGUUCGAGUUGGAGUUACUCAGGCUUAUGUUGUAUUUGUUUCAACACUCGGAGGAGCUUGGCUAGAGAGAAAUUUCGCUGCCUUUCUUUCUCAUAUCCUAAGCCUCGUGUCACAGUCGAACUCUAAAGCCACCCAAACCCAGAUUGAUGCUGUCUGCUGUCGCCGUUGUGUUUCAUUCAUCCUUCGAGCUACUAUAGGAGGCCUUCUUGGAGAAAAGGCUCAAAUUGCUGCUGCCAAGGAUAUUUGCCAGGCCAUCUGGAAACAAAAGAAAGUUGUAGAUGCCGUAAUGAGUGAUGGUAAUUUGGAAGCCCAGCUUGGAUCCACAGAUGUAGCAGCCAGCCAGAAUAUGCUGAUAUGUGCUUUACAAGAACUUGGAAAUCUUAUACACAGUCUUAGCACCACAGCUGCACCUUUGCUACAAGAUUCAAGUACAGGCAUUCUUGACAGUGUCAUUUCAGUUAUUCUUCAUCCUAGCAUAUCCGUUCGACUAGCAGCAGCUUGGUGUUUACACUGCAUUGCUGUGGCGUUACCUUCCUACCUAACACCACUCUUAGACCGUUGCCUUGAACGACUUUCUGUACUUAAGUCUUCCCCCGAAGCAGUGACUGGCUUUAGUUUUGCUGUGGCAGCUUUGUUGGGAGCAGUGAAACAUUGUCCUUUAGGAAUUCCUCAUGGAAAAGGCAAGAUUAUUAUGACAUUAGCAGAGGAUUUGCUGUGUUCUGCAGCUCAAAACAGUCGCCUUUCAGCUCAGCGCACACAAGCUGGAUGGCUGUUGAUUGCCUCUCUGAUGACAUUGGGUCCUGCAGUUGUCAGUCAUCACCUUGCUCGAGUUCUGCUGUUGUGGAAGUGUGUCUUUCCAGCAUCUCCUAAAGAUCUGGAAACAGAGAAGAGCAGAGGAGAUUCAUUUACCUGGCAGGUAACCUUGGAAGGACGAGCUGGUGCACUCUGUGCUAUCAAGAGCUUUGUUUCCCACUGUGGUGAUCUCCUAACUGAGGAAGUAAUUCAGCGUCUUCUUCCACCACUUCCUUGUGCUGUGGAUUUGCUGACUCAGCUUACUUCAAUACUAAAAACAUAUGGAAGUCCUUUGAAAACACCAUCAGUAGUUUAUAGACAAAGGCUUUAUGAACUAUUGAUUUUAUUACCUCCUGAAACGUAUGAAGGAAACCUCUGUGCUGUACUCAAAGAGCUGGCUGCUGAUUUGACUGCCCCUGAUAUCCAAGUGGCAGCAUCCACAUUUUUACUUCCACCCCUCUGUCAUCAGGAUGAUCUCUUGAUAUUUAGUCCUUUGCUACAAGAGACUGACCAUAGAUUUAUUGAAGAACAGCUUCUGCUUGGUAAUGGUGUUGCUUGUGGAAGUCUCGAGUAUGACCCUUAUUCUAUAUAUGAGAAAGAUGUAGAGGGAGAUUCGGUGCCUAAGCCCCUACCUCCAACACUGUCAGUUAUUAGCUCUGCAGUCAAGCUCUUUGGGGUUAUCUGUGCUCAUGUGGGAGAAGCUCAAAGGCUUCUUAUAUUGGAACAACUUUUGGACAGUAUAAAGCACACAAAAGGAGCUCGUCAGCAAGUAGUUCAGUUACAUGUUAUUUCUUCAUUUUCAAGUUUUUUGAAGUACGUGGCUGGAUCCAAGAGAAGUUUAUGUCCAGAAAAAAUUAGAAGACCUGCCCUAACAUUAGUGAUGGGAGCCCUAGAAAGUCCCAACCCCCUAUUGAGAUGUGCUGCUGCAGAGGCAUGGGCCAGAUUAGCCCAAGUGAUGGAUGGUGGAGCUUUUACUGCCGGAUUAGCUCAAGUUAGCUUUGACAAAUUGAAGUCAGCAAGGGAUGUGGUUACCAGAACAGGACACUCGUUGGCUUUGGGAUCCCUAUAUAGGUAUAUAGGAGGAAUAAGUUCUUCUCAACACUUGGAUUCUUGUGUUGGAAUCCUUUAUACGUUGUCUCAGGACAGCACUUCUCCUGAUAUGCAGACCUGGGCACUACAUUCUCUAUCACUGAUAAUUGAUUCUGCUGGCCCACUCUAUUAUGUGCAUGUGGAACCUACCCUUUCUCUUAUCAUAAUGUUGUUGUUAAAUGUGCCUCCUACUCAUGCUGAAGUUCACCAAAGUCUUGGUCGCUGUUUGAAUGCCCUUAUUACCACAUUGGGUCCAGAGCUACAAGGCAACAGUACUUCAGUUUCUACCCUAAGGACUUCUUGCCUCUUGGGUUGUGCAGUGAUGCAGGAUAACCCAGACUGCCUUGUUCAAACUCAAGCCAUUUCUUGCCUUCAGCAGCUUCAUAUGUUUGCUCCACGACAUGUCAACUUGUCUAGCCUGGUCAGCUGCCUUUGUGUGAAUCUCUGUAGUCCCUACUUGUUACUGAGAAGAGCAGUACUGGCUUGUUUACGUCAGCUUGUACAGAGAGAAGCAGCUGAAGUUUCAGAACAUGCCAUUUUGCUUGCCAAAGAUAACAGAGAGGGUUUGACUCCAGAUGCUAACAUGAGAGAAGUGGGCCUUGAAGGGGCAUUAUUGACCUUACUAGACAAAGAAACAGAUCAGAAAUUAUGCCGUGAUAUCAAAGAGACUUUAAAUCAUAUGCUAACAUCUAUGGCAGUGGGAAAACUUUCCUUUUGGUUAAAGCUUUGUAAAGAUGUACUGGCUGCAUCAGCUGAUUUUACAGCUAUAACUUAUGUGGAUACAAUGCAAGAAGAGGAAGGAGAUAAAGGGGAUGAUGCUUCAGUUCUGACCACCAGGAAUGAUGAAAAAUUUCAUCCUUUUACCAAUCCGCGAUGGGCUACUAGAGUCUUUGCUGCUGAAUGUGUCUGUAGGAUAAUUAACCAGUGUGAGAACGCAGACAGUGCACAUUUUGACAUUGCUUUAGCACAAGAAAAGAAAAAAAGGGAUUCGAGAAAUGACUUUUUGGUGCUUCAUCUUGCUGACUUAAUUCGCAUGGCUUUUAUGGCUGCCACAGAUCACAGUGAUCAGCUCCGUCUUUCUGGCCUUGAAACACUGUUGGUUGUUAUUCGGCGAUUUGCAACUAUUCCAGAACCCGAGUUUCCAGGUCAUGUGAUUCUGGAACAGUAUCAAGCCAAUGUAGGAGCAGCACUUAGACCAGCCUUCACUUCAGAGACACCACCUGAUGUCACUGCCAAAGCAUGUCAAGUUUGCAGUGCCUGGAUAGCAAGUGGAGUUGUAAGUGACCUUAAUGAUCUUCGAAGAGUUCAUCAAUUGCUUGUUUCAUCAUUGACAAAAAUACAGGCUGGAAAAGAAGCUCUAAGUCAUUUAUAUAAUGAAAGUGCUUCUACCAUGGAGAUCUUAGCUGUGCUAAAAGCCUGGGCAGAGGUCUACAUAAUUGCCGUAGAAAGACAAAAAAAAUACAAACAGCCUUUGAAGACUGCCACUUGUUCAGAGGAGAGUGGCAGAAAUGGGUCAUUUUCGUCAGAUGGACUGCUUGACUUAGUCCACACAGAUCUUGGCACACUAAGUAGACUCUGGCUUGCUGCACUUCAGGAUUUUGCUCUCUUAACUUUGCCUUCAGAAUUUGCCUCCCAACUUCCUGUUGAAGGUGGUGCUUUCUACACAGCAGAGACUGGUGAAAAUGCAAAAUUGCAUUAUUACAACUCCUGGGCACUUAUUCUCCAUGCUACGGCAUUGUGGCUUACAAGUACAGGCUUUGUUGUUGCUGACCCAGAUGAAGGUGCAUCUAAUCUUUCAAGGCCUGUUACACCAACUUCCAUGUGUCAAGGUUCAUCAUCUGGAGCUACAGUAAAGUCCCCUGAGGAUGUCUACACUGAUAGAUUCCAUCUUAUUUUAGGAAUCAGUGUGGAAUUUCUAUGCUCUUUGCGCUCAGAUGCAACCAUGGAAAGCAUUACUGCGUGUUUACAUGCAUUACAGGCCCUUCUAGAUGUUCCCUGGCCCAGAUCUAAAAUCGGCAGUGAUCAGGACUUGGGUAUCGAGUUGUUGAAUGUUCUGCAUCGAGUAAUUUUGACCAGAGAAUCACCUUCCAUUCAGUUAGCUUCGCUUGAAGUGGUAAGGCAGAUUAUAUGUGCAGCUCAGGAACACGUGAAGGAGAAAAGAAGAAGUGCAGAAGUUGAUGAUGGGGCUGCUGAAAAGGAAACCCUGCCAGAGUUUGGAGAGGGAAAGGACACAGGAGGACUUGUGCCUGGGAAGUCUUUGGUCUUUGCAACACUGGAAUUGUGUGUAUGCAUUCUAGUUAGACAGCUCCCAGAACUAAAUCCUAAACUGACAGGUAGCUCAGGAGUAAAAGCUACAAAGCCACAGAUGCUAUCAGAAGAUGGAAGUAGAUUGGUUUCAGCUGCAUUGGUUAUUCUCUCUGAACUUCCUUCAGUGUGCUCUCCUGAAGGAAGCAUCUCAAUUCUUCCUACUAUACUGUAUCUCACAAUUGGGGUCCUCAGAGAAACUGCUGUGAAGUUACCUGGGGGCCAGUUGUCUUCAACGGUUGCAGCUUCCCUACAGGCUCUGAAAGGAAUAUUAUCUUCUCCCAUGGCCCGAGCAGAAAAGAGCCAUACUGCUUGGACUGACCUUCUCCGUAGUGCUCUAACAACAAUUCUUGACUGCUGGGAUCCAGUAGAUGGAACACAUCAAGAACUUGAUGAAGUCAGUCUACUUACUGCUGUGACAAUAUUUAUUUUGUCUACCAGUCCAGAAGUAACUACUAUCCCAUGCCUUCAGAAACGCUGUAUUGAGAAAUUUAAGGCUACUCUUGAGAUGAAAGAUCCUGUGGUACAAAUCAAGACCUAUCAGCUCCUACUUUCCAUUUUUCAGUAUCCGAACCCAGCUAUUUCCUACCCAUACAUUUACUCCUUAGCAUCAUCUAUCCUGGAAAAACUGCAGGAAAUAGAUGAGAGAAGACCUGAAGACACUACUGAACUUCAGAUCUUUCAAGAAGGAAUAAAGGUCUUGGAAGCACUGGUGGCCGUAGCGGAAGAAAAGCAUCGCUCUCAGCUGGUGGCUUGUCUUCUGCCCAUCCUCAUUUCCUUUCUUUUGGAUGAGAAUACCCUGGGGUCAGCAACUCCCAUCAUGAGAAAUUUACAUGACUUUGCUUUGCAAAAUCUCAUGCAGAUUGGGCCUCGGUAUUCCUCAGUUUUUAAAAGUUUAAUGGCUUCUUCUCCAGCCUUGAAAGCCCGCCUGGAGGCUGCUAUAAAGGGCAAUCAGGAAAGUGUCAAAGUCAAGAUACCUACACCUGAGCAUACCAAGAACCCUGGAAACAAUUCAAGCAUCCAAUUAAAGACCAAUUUCCUCUGAUGUUUCUUGUUUUUUUUUUUUCCCCCCUUUUUUAAUAGUAAGCACCUUAAUAUAAUACUUGAUCAUUUCCUUCUCUUUGGGGACAAAAGUGAUAUUUUAGACACAAGUACAUUUGGAUUCCUGGUUGAUUGUUAAGUAGCUGUGACUUUUCAAAGUGACAGUAAACUAACUUUUUUUGUGGGCCCCCUUCCUGCCGUUUUAAUAAAACCACAGAAUUCUUGCCAGGAAUUUCAAGAAAGUGCUAAAGGACUCAACUUACUAAAUCCACUGCUUUAAAAAUGCAUGGAUUUCUUCUGAGAGUUCAUAUAUACAUGAUAUACUUAAUACUGUGACAGAUACAGGUUUGACUCUAGUAUAAAUUAUCUGAGUUUAUGUUCUAUCCCAACUACUAAUUUAAAAUUCUGCCUUUUUAAGUAAAUUAUGUUACACUUUCUUGGAUUUCUCAAACAAGAUAAAUGAUUUGAAAGCUGCUUUGGAAACUUGGUCUAGAAUUAUCCAGUAUAUGUUGUUGUUGUUAGGUGCCAUCGAGUCAGUUCCUACUCAUGGCAACCUUAAGUACUACAGAAGGAAACA